ACAUUUAUUGCGCACCUUGUUUACAUAUCUACUGAGCAAAUAGUAGCAGCAAACACCAAGCCUCACUUAGGCAUCAAUAUAAUGGCCAACAAUUUAAAGAAUAGUGUUGGAAACGCCAUUGAAAUUAUAACAAUUGACGAUGACGAUGAAGAUGAUAUUGUCAUCGUUGAUAACCCAGUUGAACCUUUACAUAUGAGCUUUUCCCCAAAAAAUGAUUUUCAGCAUUCGGAUCAUUCUACUGUACUAUCCACCAAUGGAAAUACAAAAAGCACACAAAUAACCAAAGAAUUAACAUUUAACGGGCAAAAAAAGACUUUUGUCUUACUAAAUUCGAAGACUUCGGAGACACAAAAGCGAAAUGAACCAUCAUCAAAUCCUGUUAAUGGUUUCAAGACGAGUAAUCACAAUAUGGCUCGGGUACAGUGCCCCAGGUGUAAAGCCAAUAUUUCCAUUGAAUCGUUCCGCCAACAUAUGGAUGCAUGUUCUUCUCGUAUAAAAAAUAAAUUCAGAACCCAUAACAAUAGCUUAGGAAAAACUACAUCCAAUGGAUCUGUCAAAAAAAAAACUUACCGUGACGACGGUCCCCCAGACCUAAGUGAUUCUGUCUAUUCAGAUUUUAUAGACGAUACCAAACAAAUAAAAGGUCUUACUUAUAACAGUGAAAGUAAGAUAGUGCCGUUUACGAAUGCAAUGAAUAUUUCAAUGACGGAGACUGCCACUGAAACAUCUGAUAAUUUAAUUAAGCCCGUGAAGUAUACCGCAAGAAAAUCGACUUCGAAUAAAAAUCAAGUAGCUAGACGUUACUCAAUAGAUUUAGACAUCGGUUUAGAGGAAACAAAUAGUGAUAAAAUUCAAAAACAAAAUAAGCAGGCUCCUGAUGAUGCCACGCAAAGAACGAGAAGUAAAUCUUACUGUUUUGGUGCAGAUUCGUCAAGCAAUACAAAUUCUGCAAAUGGUAAAAAGAAUUUAAGCCAGAGUAUGAACGCAACCAAAUCAGCAUCAGAAAACAAUCGAAAGAAACAUACUAAAAAUGAUACGGAAGAAGUUAACCACGCGAAUCAGUUCGCAUACUAUAAAAAGUUUUUGGAAGUGAGAAAUAAGUCUGGACUUUCAAAAAGUCAGAAUAAACCAGAAACGGAGAAUGUUAGUGGUACAAAACCCGAGAUAAAUCUAAACGAGUCGUUAGAUGUUAGUUUACUGCAAGAUAAUACUUUUGCUUGUACUGUGUGCUCUUUCACUACGGAUAAACAACGGAUUUUGAUGGAUCAUGUGCGCAAUCAUCGAAAAAGUAAUAAGAAAAUUUAUCGUUGUGCAUAUUGCGAUCAAAAAUAUACCAAACAUAUGCUUUACUCGCACAUUCACAAUGUGCAUCCCGGGCAGAAAUUUGGCUUUUUGGAUGAUUCACCGGUUAUUGACAUAACUGAAGCAGAUGAACCCGUAAAAUUUAAUUGCUUAAAAUGUUCACAUGUUGCUGAAUCAGAAACAGACUUAAGGGCGCAUAAUAAGCAACAUAAGCCGGAUGCGUCAGCAAAAAUGUCUUGCAAUCUGUGCUCCUUCACCGCCAGUGCCAAGUCACUCAUAGAUCGCCAUAUGAAAACACAUGAAAAUAGACCAAAUGAUCCUAUAUUACAAUGUCCUUGGUGCGACUAUAGAGGCCUUGAGAGAUCACUAAGAAGCCACAAAACCUAUUGCCCUCAUAAAAAUCUUAACAACAAUGCCGUUUCAAGAUCUUCACGACUUCGUAAAAGUGAACCAUCUAACAAAACAACAGAUGAUGAACCUGUAGCAAACCCUUUAAUUAAACGCAAUGCAAAAUCUUUAAGUUCGGUUAAGCAGGAAUUGAAUCCAGAAAUUGAAUCCUGCAAAAAGGACGUUAUGAAACCAAAUGACAAAAAAAUGCAAUAUAAAUGUGACCUAUGCUCCUUUACCUCAUUUAGUUUAAUUAACAUUCAGAAUAGCCAUCGCGAUAGUCAUAAAUUUCACCCAAUGGUUAAAUGUGUUCAGUGUUGUGAGUUCGAAUCGACGCCACGUUGUGUCAAAAUACAUCAAUUAACAUGCAAUGGAAAAUAUGAAGCUAAAAUCCAGAAUGAAAUGAAACAGUCUCUUUUUAAGUGCUCGAUGUGUAACUUUUCUACUAGUUUAAGGAUUAAGCUUAAUUCACACAUUAAAAAAUGCCACUCUAGUUCAGAUAGGGAGAGUAAUACACCCCCACAUCAAACCAGCAAAACAUCUUUAAAUUGCAAGGAGUGUUCCUUCAAAGCAAAUAGCCUCUUUGAUUUAACUGCGCACAAUCAAAAGCCACACGUGACGCUAUUCCAAUGUGGACUAUGUUCUUUUCUUACGUUGGAAAAUGUGUUAUUUAACAAGCAUAUUAAUUCGCAUACGAAAAAUUCAGUGGUUAAGUGUGGGAAAUGCUGUUAUCGAUCUACCCAAUCGUAUCUUACGGCGCAUUUAAAAAUACAUAACAAUAUCGGAGAACGAACAGAGGACGGAAAAUUUAAAUGCGAUUUGUGUUCACACGGAAGCUCAUCAUUGUCUAAAUUAAAGAUACAUCGCUUGUCGCAUAAAACUCAAGCUUUUCAAAAAUGUCCUUUGUGUCUUUAUAAAUCGACGCAGUUUUGUGUCCGGAGGCAUUUAAAAUUUUCACAUCAAACAAACUUUAAUAUAAUUAUAUCGGCUAGUAAAGUGGAUAUACCUGAGAUGAAUCCAACUGGGCAUAGUAAUUUAGCAGAGCCGCCAAUAUUAGAGCGCAUGGACAUAUCUGAGGAAACUAAAAAACCUGAUCUAAAGCUUCAAUGUAAAUUUUGUUCAAAAGUCUUUAAGACAACAAGUGUUUUAACUAAACAUAUUAAUGACAAACAUAAGUAUGUCAAAGCAAGAGAACAUUCUUUUAAAUGUAAAUUAUGUUCAGCAGAAUUUUUGACACAAAAUGCAUUAAAUAGGCACUUUGGUGUUCAUAAGAUUAAUUCGCGCAUGUUAACUUGUCAAUUUUGCGACUACAUGUCCAUCCGUAAUCAGGUUCAGAAACAUGAGGCUAAUUGUCCACAAAAAACAACUUUACAUACUAACAGCGCCCAUAUUCGUGACAUAGCAGAAUUCCGUUGCACAAUGUGCUCCUAUUCCACCAAGUUAAGAAUUAAACUAAAAAUGCAUUUAAAAGCCAAGCAUGGUGUAGACAGUUCCCCAGUGAAGGAAAUUGAUUCUACUCUUCCAGAUAGAACCGCACCACCGAAACUUAAACGUCAGAGGACACACGAUAUUCUAGAAUUAAACCCUUCAAAGAAGCGUAAACUUAUUGAUGAUACUAUACAGAUACGUACCAGAAGCAAGUCUCUUAGUGAGGCCAAGAAAAGACUAUCUCAAGACUCGGAAUCAAAAAUAUCAUGUGCCAACGACCAGAGCGCGAGCGCCAAGAAAUUAGAACUUCGUAGUUUCAGUUGUCCAAUUUGCUCUUAUAGUACUAACUUACAAGCAGCUCUUACUAGCCAUUUGACCUCACAUAAGAACUUCAAUAACGUGAUCUUGCAGUGUCAUUAUUGUGGUAUUAAAGGAACUGAUAGUAUCAUGAAACGACAUUUAUGCUCUACAGAUAAACCGAAUAGGCUUAUUGCACCGAUGAAAGUGCGACUCGACUGCGACAAAUGUUCUUUUACUACUUAUUUUCCUCUUGACUUCUUCGAACAUAGAGAUAAUUGUACCGCUAAUAAAAAUGGAAAGAGCCUAGGGGCGAUCAAAAGCUUUAAAUGUGAAUAUUGUUCGUUUACCAGUUUCUGGCAAUAUUUGAUUGAACGCCAUAUGGAUUCCCACACGGUAUUAAAACUCCCAAUUGAACAAUGUCCCAAUUGUGAUUUUCAUUCUACACCGGUUGCUUUAAUGGCACAUAGAAAUAAGUGUAUUAAAAGGGAAAAAUAAUAAUUGUUUAUAAUUUUUUUUUGGCAGUAUUGAAUUACGAAAUAUAUGUUUAUCUAGGGUAAAGGUUCUCAAAUUUUUGGAUAAAAUCUAAUCAAUGGGUUUUACUAUUGUAGUUUGAAACGAAUCUAGUGGAUAAGACGAACCGGGAGAUUUAUUUAUUAUUUUUUAAACAUAUAUUGCACUUUUUAUUUAGUAUUAAUUUUUUACUACUAAGUGCCUUUUCAUUCACAUUUUCUUAACUGAACUGUUUAUAUUUUUAUUUCUAUGUAUAUCUGGAAUAUGUUAAUACCUUAAAACUAGAAAGUUUAAGUCGUAUGUUUUAUUAAGAACAGCAUUGUAUUUAUACAUAUGUUUGUUGCGAUGCUCAUCAUUGGGAUUUCGGUCAGUAAGGUGAAAUCAACUCGAUAAAGUUCGUGUAAUUUAAUAUAUACCGGUGAAACAGUUUUUAAAUUUUGAGCAUUUCCAGAAAAUCUGAAAAACUCAAAAUCUUUUUUACUACCUCCAUUUAAACAACAUGCAAGUUGCACUUGCAUUUCCACUUUUUCUGAUAUGAUGGUGCUUCUUCAGUGCCAUAUUAAAAGUUACAUACACGCUCCGGAUAUAUUUUAAUAAUUCUUCCUUUCGUCACUUAAACACACUUGCCGAAUCUAGCGGAUUUUGUAACCAUUAACGGGUUUCCAGUAGUGAGCAUCAAAUUUGAGACGAAGUUAUAUAGUUUUAAGUAAAAGAUUUUUGUAAACCUGGUUUAAGUCAUCUGUAAUACUAAGCAAUCUUGUACAAAUAAUUCUUUAGAGUUAAACCAGGUAUGUCCAGGGCUAAAAUAGUCAUUAAACAUUUUUUGGUAGUUAUUUAGAUUUUUAUUCUCAUAAUGAGUAUGAAUCCUAUAGGUAUGCGAGGGUAGAUAAGGUGAAAAAAAAACUUUCUACGUGAAAAUCUUUUAAUUUUUCAAUAUUUUUGUUAAUCCGAUCUCUAUGCCUGUUUUGUUUUUUUUUUCUGUAAAUAGAAAUUAUAUCUUCUCCUUUAUAUUGCUAUAGAUAUAUAAGGAAAGUAAUUAUGGGAUUUUAUACCGUUGACUUUAAAAAUAUAAUUUUUUCUAGUA